GCGGCGGGGAGCGGGCAUUCUAGUGGAGUGCGUUGUGCAGUGCGGACGUGCGCAGAGACAAGCGAGAGUAGAGGGAGCGAUCGAGGAAUCGAAUCGAGGAGGCUUGAGUGGAAGGCCCACGCAUCGCAGUGCUGCACACUGUGCACACGGUGACUGUGACACGGCUUGCGGCCAGCGGACGGAUUACCCCCAGCGCACCUGGAACCCAGCGUUCAGAGGAUAACAUCACAGUGAACUAGUGCGUGCCGUGACGUGUUUAUGUUUGUGACAAUGGCAACGGAGGCCCAAAAGCUCAUCAGCAUCUCGCUGUCGAAAAUCGCGCAGUCGCGCACCCAGCGCGGCGGCGUGAGCCUGCACAAGAACCUGCUGGUGGCCACGGUGCUGCAGAAGGCCCGCUACAUCUUCAUGGAGGAGGCGUACCACAUGGUGCAGGCGUCCGAGUGCUACUCGGCGGCCGCGGCAGCUGCGGCUGCGGCGUCGCAGCAGCAGGACACGACGUCCACGACGACGGGGAUCAUGACGGCGAGCAGCCAGCAGCAGAGCGAGCGCGACCAGGACGCCGAGGACGCGUCGUCGACGUCGACGUGCUCGCGGUGCAGCAGCGGCAGCGCCUCCCUCGAGGACAAGGAGAACCAGUGCCCGUCGUGCCAGCCCCCGCCCACCUACCUGGACCUGGACAAGACCACGGCGGUGCUGAGGACCUCGGCCGACGCGUCCUGCUCGUCGCCCAAGUGUCUGAAGCGGCGGCGCGUCGCCGAGUGGGAGACGGAGGAGGCGGUGCAGUCCAUCCUGCCCAAGAAGUCCAAGUGCUGCGACGCGCCCACCGCGUCGCCGACCACCCCCGAGAACAGCGCGGCGGCCGCCAAGGACCUCGCGGAGGCUGCCGCGGCGGCGGCGGAGGACGACGACGACGAGGAUGAAGACGACGACCAGCCGGCGCGCUCGGCCAUGGAGAUCGACCGCAUCACCAGCCUCGUGUCCAUCUUCAGCUUCGGCGGGCUGGCGGGCCCACUGCACGGAGUGCACGGCCCGCUGGCGUGCGGCGGAGGCGGCGGCCACAACCCGUCACCCACGGACCUAACGGACCUGUCGGACCUCAAGCUCACCAGAUCGGUGUCCACCCCGGACCUGUGCUCGGCACAGGCCAAGGAGGGCGUCGACGCGUUACAGCAGAGGCCUUUCAUCGCCAUGACAGUAUAAUGUUGUUGUUGUUGUUUGUUGUUGACCGCAUCGGGAGGGCGUGUGCGUUGCUGUUGGUUAGGACUGUCAAUUAAUUUGUACUUUUAUAUGAGCCCGGCAUGCCUUGCAAGGAUUGUGAUAGUGGUCCGAGUGACUGGGUGAGCCUUUGGCCUCCUUUGGCGCCUUUGGUGUUGGAUGGCGGUCGUCGACGUGCGGUGCUGUGCUGUGACUUGUUAAUUUUGUUAUUAUUUUUCCUCUGUUGGGCGUAUGUUUGAAAAAUUGGGGGACUUCCCUGCAAUGUGUUCGUUUAUUUUUUCUCUUUUUUAUUUUUUAGAAAAAUUUGGUUGACCUUAUUUUGGAAAGGAAAAAAUGCCUUAAAAUCCAGGUGCCACUUAAGCUGUUGUCAGGCCGGAUUUAUCAUUUUGGACCCGUUUCGACGCCCCCACGACCCCGCGGCCCAAGAGUUGGCUAUCGAGGGGGACUGCCCCUAAAUUGGCUGCGGCCUGCUGGGAGGGGGGAGGGGCGGGGAAAAUAUUAGCGUAAUCAUAUGUGAGAUGUGGGUCCAAGAUUAUUUAUGGGUAGGGGAAGUCCAAAAAUGCUUAUCCAAUUUGCGGGCAGUCCCUCUUGCUGAACCGGGGGGUCCUUUCGCGUUGAGUACUUAUCUAGUCGUGGAUUUACUUAUGGUUUUUAAGGCUCAGUAAACUCCCAUUGUGUAUUCUUGUUUGACUGCGCUGUGCUACGCCGAGGGCGUACAGGAAUCUCUAUAAGGUAUCAAGGAAAACCCUGAAAAUUCCUAUAAAUUCACGAGUGUCACAUUCCGUUUCAAGGGUUUGUUGUGCUUUUGAGAAGGCAUAUCUUUAUUGGAGCGCAUCUGGGAGGCGAUAGUCAAAGGUGCCCCUGCGGCCCCCACAACGGCCGUCGCUGCCGUGCUGGGCUUGGCUGUGGUUCGACCUGCGGGCUGUGCUGCAGGUGACUCCAGAGCUGCAGCCCCGACCGUGGUGGGGGUAUACAGGGAGCACAGUUGUUGCUCUCUAAACUCCAGUUCGCCGAGGAAAAAACUGUUAUCAUGUGAGACUAAUUUCACUCAGAUUGACCAUGUUUUUUUUCAACUGAUAUCGAUAAUUAUUAAUGACACUGAGAGGCUAUAUAUUCCUCAGAAUAAUUUGUUUUGGUGCAAACAGUCAAAAUUUAUCAAAAAUUUCCAUUGCCCAAAUUAAAUGAAUAUUAUAUUGCAUCUAUGCAUCUCUGCAUGAACUGUACAUAUGUGAUUAUGGGCUCUGUUUUAGGAGUUCAAAUAAUGUAGAUAGUAACAUAUGUGAAGAUUAAAUAAUGUUUUAUUGCAA